AUGUUCCCAGGUAAAAGCCAGGAGUCACGCUGUAAGAGAAGGAGAACCAAACCUGGGGAGCCACCGGGGCCCCGGGGUGCUGGUAUGGAGCAACUCAUAGAGUCACUGGAAAGGAAGCUGCAGAGACCCCUUCUGGCUAAGUCCCGCACCCUCCCCAGCAUCCCCCAGUCGCCGACGGUCUCCAGGGUCCACCACUCUGAUCUCAUUGGUGGGAGCCCUCCUCGCAGGAAGAACCCGCCCACAGCGACCAGUCACCCAAAGGCCUGCACUCUGCCACCUGCAGGGGAACUGUGGCGUUUGGAGGAUGACAUGGAGGGUGAAGAUGAGCCCGAGCACGGUGGAUGCACUGAGGUCCGCCCUCGAUCCCAGUCACCCUUUUCCCACUUUCGGGCGCGAGCUGCCUACCUCCGCAAGAGUGUCUCAGCAGACGAACACCUGGACAUGGGCUUGGACUUCGGCCCGGGGACUGCAGUCGAGGGCAAACCGACCCGUGGCAGUAAGGGCAAGCUGAAGAGAAAGUUUGUGGUGAUGCAGGAACUGAGGCACUUUCUCGCCUCACCUCACCACUUCCUGGUGUUUGAUCAGUCUCCCCUUAAAGGCUUCAUGCAGGGUGUGAGGUGGAGGAGGCUUACUGAACAGCCGCUCCUUGCCAGCUUCCCGUGGUUCUCAGAGUUCAUCUAG